GCAAAAAAACUGCAGCAAAUUCAUCCUUGCAGACGUGAACUUUUCUCUUGUUUGAGUUGAUUGAUUAAGGUAGACGGAAAAUAAUAAUAGAAUUCCGGGAUGAAAAUAUUACACAAGCUUGUCGUGGUCACCACGGCAUUGUUCGGGUUUCCGAGUUUGUUGUACUUUAAAAAUGAUAAAAGUAAUCAGAGUCGAAAUGAGAGAUACGUUUGGCAGAGAGAUUCAAAAGUAUUGCCCCCAUUAUCCAUCCCCCAAACGUAUGAUAUGCCGGAGGAGAAUUUGCAUAUUCAAAAUCAGGUGGAGUACCAAGCGUCACCACCCAGGAAUAAAUCAAUUUAUAGAAUUAAACCAUCCGAUCUGCUAAAAGCUCGUGUGAUUUACAACUUACGGCAGUCCAUGCGAACGGACUUACAGGGGUUUAAUAUCAGCUGGCAAAAGGAUCACAUUCCUGAUUUUGGUGGCAAACCGAUUCGCAACAUCAUAGUGUCCACUUGGCGCUCAGGCUCAACAUUUUUGGCUGAAUUGGUUAGCAGUCAUCCAGGAACUCUUCUAAUUUUUGAACCCUUCAUGUACAUGGAAAGUGAACGGAUUCGUACCAAAGCGGAGGUAUCAAAUGGGAUAACAAUGAGCAAAUCAAGUUUUAAUUGUUACUUUAAUUACACUGAGUGGACUGGAAAUGGCGGGAACUUCAUUUCCGGCAUGAUUAGUCGUAGCGACAAAAUGAAGCCAUUUUGUACCAUAGUUCCGGAUGGUUGUCGUGACCCUGAAUUUAUUUCGAAAGUCUGCACAUUCUUUCCCAUCCAACUCGUCAAAUUUGUAAGAUUUAGGUUGAAAGAUGCAGAGGAAUUGUUAUCGGAUGAAGAAUAUGAUACUCGUCUCAUUUACCUCGUCCGGGACCCAAGAGGAACAAUGAAGUCGAGGAAUAAUGGGUCAAACUACUGGUGUGACCAGCAUCCCGAUUGUUCUGAUGAGCGUCGUCUCUGUUCUGAUUUGGUGGACGAAUUUGCAGAUGCAAAAAAGUUUAAGGGAAAAAUACCCCAAGCGCUUCAAGGUCCUACGUUACGAAGACGUUUCAUUAAACGUACCACUCGCGGCGAAAACGAUUCUUCCCUUUUUCCGAUUAAGCUAUCAUUCGAAAGUCAAGCAAUUUGCUAUGCUACAUUCGAGACUUACUCGAAAGGGUGAAUUUGGCACGUAUCGCAAUUCAAGAAAGGUUGCGUUUAGUUGGUUUAACUUUUAUCGCAAUAAUGUCACGCGUUUGGACAGAAUUCAAAAUUCUUGUGAAGAAGCGAUGGAUUUGUGGGGAUACAAA